AUGAUAGCGUUCCAAACUCCCUGUGCAACUUCUGCAAAUUAUGCAUCAGCAUGUGUAGCACAACACAAUCCUGACUUUCAACAGCAAUAUGAAAUGACUAGGCAACCGGACAUUAACCAUUCUGAUAAUCUCUUGAAUGAAAUGGUUCCUAAUUUGAGAAACGUUCAGACAGAAGAUCGGUCCCUAGAAACACGCCCAAUUGGUGCUCCGGACAUUUCCUCGGUGGUGAUGCCACUAAGUCGACUUUCUUUAGCUCAUCAAAGCCAAAACCCGCCGGCGAUGAACAAUUUUAUAAGUGGGGCAACCAGAGACGGUAAUAUUAUUCAAGGUGAUACUACUCGUUCGCCAACGACUCAACCUAUGCCGUUCAGUACAAAUGUUAAUUUGCAACAAUCGUUAGAUCGCUAUAUCGCACCUUCCGCAGCUCAAUUAGCUUCCCGUCAAGUCAUAAACCGCGACCUACCAUAUUUCGCAGGAGACCCGGAAGACUGGCCCCUCUUCUAUAGUACGUUCCAGAAUAGUACCAAGUUCUGUGGUUUCAACGACGCGGAAAAUUUGUCCAGAUUACAACGUUCCUUAAGAGGGCAAGCUUUGGAAGCGGUCAAAAGUCGGCUCAUGAUACCCGAAUCCGUUCCCCAAGUUCUCGAAAUACUAAAGAGACAUUUUGGACGCCCUGAAAUUCUUCUACACUCUCUGUUGAAUAAACUCCGGAAGACUGCUCCACCAAAAGAAGACAAUUUACAGUCGAUUGUCAAAUUCGGACUGGAGGUUCGAAGUUGUGUAGAUCACAUGAUAAUGGCCAAUCUUUUGGACUACCUUCACGACCCGAUAAUAUUGCUGGAGCUUGUGAAUAAACUACCGUCGCAAAUGCAAAUGCAGUGGUCUGAGUACAAACGACAAUAUUCUACAAUUAAUUUGGAAGUGUUCAGUCAUUUUACAACAGAACGAGGAAAUAUUGCAGCUGAUAUCGUCGCGCCAUUUUGGGGAAAGAGUGAACAUCCGAAAAAGACUUCAAAACAAAGUUUGUUCACCCAUAUGGAAACAGAAAAUGACCGAAAUACCAGUCAGCCUCAGAGAGAUGUUUCGAAGAUAUUCUGUUCUUAUUGUCGAUGUGCUAGUCACAAAAUAGCUAACUGUGAACAAUUCCUGGAGUUAGAUAUCGACGGAAGAUUGAAAGCAGUCAGAGAAAAAAACCUGUGUCGCACAUGCCUUAUUCCUCACAAGAAGUGGCCAUGUCGAUCGUCUAAAGAAUGCGGCGUAGGUGAUUGCCGACUCCGUCAUAAUCCAUUAUUACAUUCAACGACAUCCAUUCCGAUAAAUGCUAGUAUUGCUCAUCAUAAUUCUCAUUCCUCGUCUUCUUUAUUUCGCUAUCUUCCUAUAAUAUUAAAAGCGAACGGUAAAACAGUUGAAAUUAUUGCAUUUCUCGAUGAUGGGUCAUCAUCAACGUUACUUGAAGCUGCUGUAGCCACUGAACUUGGAGUAGAAGGUCAAACCGAACCAUUAUGGCUCAGUUGGACGGCAAACGUAUCACGCGAGGAAAAACUGUCUCAAAGAAUCUCAAUAACAGCUCACGGUGUAGGAAAAACGGAAUCAUUUAGACUGAACAACGUACGUACAGUUGCAAAUCUCAUUCUUCCUAAGCAAACGCUCGAUUAUGUUACAAUGACACAAGAUUAUCCCCAUCUAAGAGGAUUACCCGUUCGAGGAUAUUCUGAUGUCACACCUAAGAUGAUCAUUGGAAUUGAACACACAAUGCUGUUGACUUCACUCAAGGUUCGUGAAGGUCAUCCUAAUGAUCCCGUUGCUGUUAAAACCCGUUUAGGCUGGUGUGUGUAUGGGGAGCAACUAAUUGGGACUGAAGCAAUUGAAAAACUCCACGUCCAUUCUGAUUUGAUGUCCUGUGACAAGGAACUACAUGCUCUUAUAGGACAAUUGCUGAAAAUCGAGGAAUCCAGUCCAACAGAUGGUCACGUACCAGAAAAUGACAAGCGAGCCUUGGCCAUACUAGAAGCGACAACGCGACGAGUUGACGGACGAUUUGAAACUGGGUUAUUGUUCAAACAUCCGGAUCAACGGUUCCCAAAUAGUUUCCCAAUGGCCAAUCGAAGAUUACGCUCGCUUGAGUCACGUCUCGCGAAGAAUCCUGUUUUGGAUGCUAAGGUACGCGAACAAAUUAAAGGAUACCUGGAAAAAGGCUAUGCCCAUAAAGCUUCGAGGAAAGAGCUAAGUGAAACUGAAUCGGAUAAGACCUGGUACCUCCCGUUGGGUGUAGUUCAAAACCCGAAGAAACCAGGAAAGGUACGACUAAUUUGGGACGCAGCUGCUCGCGUUAGCGGCAUGUCGCUGAACGAUACAUUAUUGAAAGGGCCCGAUCUCUUGACUUCGCUGCCGGCCGUUCUCCUACGUUUCCGCCAAAGAAAUAUAGCGAUUACAGGUGACAUUAAGGAAAUGUUCCACCAAAUUAGAAUUCGUGCAUCUGAUAAGCAGUAUCAGCGAUUUCUCUUUCGGGACCAUCCACAGGAACCACCCCAAGUCUACAUUAUGGACGUAGUCACCUUUGGUGCCACUUGUUCACCGUGCGUGGCCCAAUUCGUCAAAAACAGGAACGCUUUGGAUCAUGCUGCUGAAUUUCCCGAGGCUGCGAGAGCCAUCGUAGAAGAUCAUUACGUAGAUGAUUUCUUGAAAAGUGUAGAUACGAUAAACCAGGCCGUAGAACUAACUAAACAAGUUAAAUUAGUUCACGCCAAAGGUGGAUUCGAAAUACGUAAUUUUGCUUCUAAUUCGAGAGAAGUUCUGCUCCAGCUUGGCGAACACAACGACGUGCAAAAGUACAGCUAUCUGGAUUGA